AUGCACGGCCUCAUCCACGUGGUGUUUCGCGGCUUUGUCGUGGACAAGUUCGGGGAGGUGGCGUGGAAGGAGAUUCUGAAACGUGUCGAGGAUGAGGCCACACUCGUGGAGAUGAAGCACUACGACGACGCGCUGACCAUGGCGGCCGUCAAGAUCGGCGCGGAAGUGGCAGGGGAGACCUGGUAUCAGUCCGAUGAAACUUCCAGGUCAGAAGUAGUGGUGCAAGUGCUGGAAUCAAGGCUCGAAACGCCUCCGGGGUCUCGCGUUGGGGUGUUCAUCGGCCGAGGCACAAAUUUGCACGAGUUUUUGGGCAACUUGAAUAUCCUGCACCACAACGUCGAAAGGGAUUUGCCAGCGGCAGUUUUUCCAAUUUUCGAGGUCGGAGACCUGGAGUGGCUUGAUGACCAGACCUACACCUUCAGGAUGGACUACGCCAGCUCGCGGGCGGGGCUCGCAGAGGCUAUGAAGGGCAAGAGCGACUCCGACCAAGAUGGGACGCGGUUGGAGAAGCCGAAGGAAGCCGAGGCGCAGGAAGCAUCAACCGCUGCGCCCGCUGAAACGGCAAGUGCCGGACGUACAUUCAGCUUCUUCGACUUUCACGCGGCUUUGGCCUCGUUUUGGUCUGGCGCCCAGCUGCCUCUUCCUGCAGAUGACUUGUUGGUCACCGUGGCAGCUUCACCUGCUGUGGAGGAGGACUGGGUGAGCACCGUGAAGGAAGUUCUGGCGACGAAGCGGGCCAAGAUUGACGCCAUCACGCAGAAUCGCCCGAAGCCCACCAAUGGCCAGCACCUCUACUUCUCCCUCGGCGCGCAGGACCGCAUCCGCGUCGGUGCCACUCUCUUCAGGGCCUGCUCCGCUGACCUCGUGUCCUCCCCCUGGACCGACCUCAAGGAGCUGGACAAGACCGAGUUUUUCUGGGGCGCCUACACGAAGCUGGACAACUUCUACGCCAUUUCCGAGGACUGGCUGGUGGAGAUGGAGGAGGCCAGUUCGCCGAAGUUCGAAGCUUUGCUGAGAAAAGUGAAGCGGGGCAAGAUCCGCUUCCUCUCGCAGUCCUGGGGCAUCCCGAAGGAGUGGGAUGAUCUGAUGGGGAAGGGGAGCUACGCGGAGGCCAAGGCCGCCGAGAUCUGCUGCGUCUCGAAGGACAUCGCUGCACGCGAGCUGGGCGACACGUCGAGGUGGAAGGAGGUUUACUACUGGGUGGACAAGUGCUGCAUUCCGCAGGGCGACCAAGAGCUGACGGGAUGGUGCGUGAACCUCCUUGAGGAGUACAUCAUCUUCUGCGACGGGCUGGUGGUUUUGGUCCCAUGGACAUACUUCACGAGGCUUUGGUGCGUCUAUGAGUGGGUCUGCUUUCUCCUCGUGCACGACCCGAUGGACAUCGAGAUCUGCGCGGAUCCUUUCGUGCGGGAGAGCACCUUGCCGCUCUUCAUUGACGCGAUUGGCAGCUUCAAGUUGUCCUCCUGCCAAUGCUUUCGUGAGGACGUUGGUGGUUGA